AUGAUUUUUAUGAUUCUUGGUGCUUCAGUUGUAAUGGCGAUAGCCUGUUUAAUGGACAUGAACGCACUACUGGAUCGCUUUCACAACUACAUCUUACCGCAUCUACGAGGGGAGGACCGCGUCUGUCACUGCAACUGUGGAAGGCAUCAUGUCCACUAUGUAAUCCCAUAUGAUGGGGACCAUUCCUUGGUGGACUCAUCAGAGAACUACUUUGUGAGUGACAGUGUGACCAAGCAGGAGAUGGACUUGAUGCUAGGGCUGCUGCUGGGCUUCUGCAUCAGCUGGCUGCUGCUGUGGCUGGACGGAGUCCUACACUGUGCCGUCAGGGCCUGGAAGGCAAGCCGUUACUACGAUACCCCGUCCUGGUCAUGGCUGCCCCAGUUCUGCAACCUUCGAGACCUCCGUCGCCGAGCCCAGCUCAGACAGCUCGAAGACUCCAGCGGCAACAUGGUCCACAUCAAGCAGAAGCUCUACCACAACGGCCACCCUAGUCCCCGCCACCUCUGACUCUAAAACACAAAAUAAAUAAAAAAUAAAAAUAACCUAGGACUCUCCUCCCCCCCCUCCCAUCCUGUAAAACCCGUUUUUCCUCUA